AUGUGGGUGGAUCCCAUGCUCCUCACCAACACGAAAUCGCACAAGCGCCAGAAACAGAGCUCCCAGAUGGAGGAUUACUUUGACAGCCUACUUGAGGAUCUGCAACUCGCUGACGAACGCAUGUCAAAGCUCCUCGACGACCCACACCCGGUAAUAGAAGCUUGCCAGCGACAAAAGAACUGGCUGAGGAGAAACACCGUCCUGAGUUACUUCAAGGACCUCACGGAGUAUAUAGAUGGACGAGAUCUCUCGUUUUUGGCAGUCGACGAAGCUCCGGACGACGACGACCUGGACGCUCAACCCACGCCACCUUCCUAA